GUGACCAUCCUCUCAAUGACCCGCCCAUUCGCCGCUGCUGCCUGAGCUUGGUCAGGUGUUGGUUAUACAGCGACGUAAACUUUGACAUUUGGAAAACUCAUUGGGUUUUGUGACCAGACAAACACGAUCGAGGCCAUGCUCAGACGGAUACUUCAGAUGACCCCUGGGAAGGGAGGCUCCCAGAAUACAGAGCCAGAGCAGCCCAGCACAGACCUUAACCAUGAUCAGACAUCUGAGGGCUUCAUCUGUCCUCAGUGCAUGAAGUCUCACAACUCUGCAGAGGAGCUGUUCAAACACUAUGAGUUGUUCCAUGACACUGGAGACCUUCCCGCUCAUGUGGCCCCCACUCGGGAAGACCUUUCAAUGCUGCGGCAAGAGGUUCAGGACCUGCAUGCUUCUCUCAAGGAGGAACGAUGGUUCUCUGGAGAGCUCAAGAAGGAGUUGGACAAAGUCCAGGGACAACUGAAGCAAAGUGAUGGACAGAUGGACUCGGAGGAUUCAGUCCUUGAAAGGAAGUUGAAUGAGGCCGAGACAGAAAAGUUCAACAUCAAGCAGAUGAAAGACUUGUUUGAGCAGAAGGCUGCCCAGCUGGCCACAGAGAUAGUAGACUUAAAAUCUCGCUAUGAUGAGGAGAAGAGCCUAAAGGAGGCUGCCGACCAGAGGCUGGCCAAAUUGAACGAGCAGCUACAGAAAGAGAAGCAGGAGAAUGAGAGACUCCAAACAGAACUGCUGCAGCGACCGGGAGUGGAGGAUGUGGAAGUGUUGCAGAAGGAGCUGGUGCAGGUCCAGACACUGAUGGACAGUAUGACUCGUGAGCGGGAGGAGGAGUCUGAACGCCUCAAAAACCACUAUGAACAGCUGCAGGCGAAUUACACUACCUCAGAGAUUCGUAAUCUGGAGAUGACCGUGUCCCAACUAAAAGCAGAGCUGGAAAAAGGUCCGCAGGAAGCAGCCGUCUACACACAACAGAUCCACCAGCUGAAGAGCAACCUGAAUAAUUUGCAGCAGCAAAGCCAGAGCCUGUCUGAAAAGCUUGCACGCAAGGAAAAACAGUAUCAGGAACUAGAAGAGCGUCUAGGGGCUGAGGAGGCCGCCAAGAAGGGACUUCAAAGCAACCUGAAGGAGAGGGAGCUGGAGGUUCAAGAGCUGCAAGCUCGGGCCACAGGAGCUGAGGCCUCCCUGCACAAGGCCCAGACGGAGCUCCGAGAGAGUGCUGAGGAAGUGGCAAAGUUGAAGAAUGAGAUUGUGGAGUUGGAGGUGAAGCACGCGGAGCUGAAGGUUGAGAGGAAACAGCUGGAGCAGCAAAGGGAAGAAAAAGAGAGCCAUGGUGCUCAGCAGCAGACUGAGAUCAGUCAGCUACACGCCAAACUGCUGGAGGCGGAGAGGCAGCUUGGCGAGGUGCAAGGCCGUCUUAAAGAGCAGAGGCAGCUGUCUGGGGAGAAACUUAAAGACCGCGAGCAGCAAGCAGCCGAUCUGCAGCUUAAACUGUCCCGGGCGGAAGAACAGUUGAAGGAGAGUGCCAGUAAGAAUACAGACCUGCAGCACCAGCUGGAGAAAGCCAAGCAGCAGCACCAGGAGCUGCAGGCACUGCAGCAAAACACUAAUGGCAAACUCCGCGAGGCACAGAAUGACCUGGAGCAGGUGUUGCGUCAGAUCGGAGAUAAGGACCAGAAGAUCCAGAAUCUGGAGGCUCUGCUGCAGAAGAGUAAGGACAUUGUGAGCCAAUUGGAAGCCGAGAGAGAAGACCUAUGUGCCAAGAUUCAGGCUGGGGAGGGAGAGACGGCUUUGCUCAACCAGCUAAAAGAGAAAAACCAUGGACUACAAGAACAGGUCACCCAGUUGACAGACAAGCUGAAGAACCAAUCAGAGAGCAACAAGCAAGCCCAGGAUAACCUCCACGAGCAGGUCCAGGAGCAGAAGACCCUGCUGCGUUCAGCCCAGGACCGAGCCCACACACUGGAGACCUCAGUCACUGAACUCACUGCCCAGCUCGCAGACAGCAAGGAGAAGAUAGCUCAGCUGGAUGCUCAGCUGAAGGCAAAGACGGAGAUGUUGCUGUCUGCAGAGGCUGCCAAGGCUGCACAGAAGGCUAAUCUGGAGAACAACCUGGAGACUGCUCAGCAUGCACUGCAGGACAAGCAGCAGGAGCUUAAUAAAGUUCAGAAGAAGGUGGAGGAACAGACCCAAAGACUCAAGGAGAGACAGGAGCAGUGCACACAACUGGAAACCAGUCUGAAAGAAUGUAAAGACAAACUAAUGUCCUCAGAACAGCGUAUAGAGCAGCUGGAGGGGCUCAGUAAGAAAUUGGAGUCGCAGGUUGGCGAGUUGCAGGCCACACGUGACCAGGCGCAGCAAGAAAUACAGAAGCUGCAGAAGGAGGGGUCAGAGGUUAAACGGAAAGCUAAGGAGCUGCAGCACUCGCUGGAGACGGAGAAGGCGGGGGCUACAACACUACAAGAGGACUUAAAGAAAAAAGCAGCUGCUUUGAGUGACGUUAAGCAGCAGCUGGAGCGCAGUGAGCAGGACAGAGCUGCUCUGAAGGUGAACCUAGACAAGGUGACCCAGGAGGGAAAGACUAGGCAUGCAGACCUGGACAGAAAAGCUCAAAGCCUGGCGGUAGACUUACAGAAGGCCCAACAGGAAAAAGAGGUUCAAAAGAAGGAGCUUGCCUCUGUGCAGGAGAGCCUUGGAAAUGCUAAUAAGGCCCUGAAAGAGAGUCAGAGUCUACUGGAUGCAGAGAGGAAGACCCAUAAGUCAGCCAUGGAGGAGAAGAAAAAGUCCAGUGAAAAGGCCAGACAAGAACUUCUUAAGAAUAACGAGGCCAUCACCAAGGCAAUGAACGAAUCUAAAGAGCAACUUGAGCAGAUGAAAGAGGCAGAGAAAAAGCUGAAGGUGCAGCUGACCACAGUGGAACAGCAGCACUCAAAGUCUCAGGAGGCACUGAAGGAAAAAGAGAAUCAGAUGGAGAAGCUGAGGGUGGAACUUAAGACGGUCCAGGGCUCAUUUGAGGAGGAGAUGAAGAAACUGAAGGGCCGAGUGACCGAGUUACAGGAAGUUAAUUCCAAGAAGGCAGAAGAGGAGACUAAGCUGAGGGCGCAGCUGUCAGGGCUCAGCCAGGAGCUGGCCUCAGAGAAGAGUCGCACGACAGAGCUGCACGAGGCCUUGGAGCAAAGCCAGGGAAGCCUCUCUAAGCUUCAGUCUGACUUCUACGGCAAGGAGUCCGAAGUCUCUGCCCUGCAUCAAGACCUGAAGGCGUCAGAGGAGAAGCUGAACCUGGCUCAGGAGGAGCUGGCUGCUAACCGAACGCAUCAGGCAGGUUUAGAGGCUCAGAUCCAGGAACUGGAGAGUGGUCGGAGUUCAUUGGAGCAGGAGCUGGCAAAGCAAAACCAGAAGCUCCAACAGCAAGAGCAAACCCUGAGACAACUACAGAAACAGCAGGGCCAAGUAAAGGAGGAACUGGAGCAGGAGAGGAGUAAAGUGGAGAAGCUGAAUAAAGCCAAGAGUGUCUUGGAGAACAGUAACACCAAACUGACUUCUGAAUUAAAAGCAUUAAUAGAGAGGAGCGAGAAGGAACUGGGUGAGUUGCAGGAAGCCAAACAGCUGUUGAUUCAGCAGAAACUGGAACUGCAGGGUCAGGUGGACGCAGCACAGGGUGCCCUCGAGCAGGAGCAGAAAGAGCACCAGGCCACCAGGGACAGCAGGCACCAGAGAGAGGAGCAGCUCCUCGCCCAAACCAGGGAUGUCCAGGAUAAGUUGGUGGCCGAGAAGCGAGCCAGAGAAGAGCAGGUGAAACGUGGGGAGGAGGCUGAAGCUAAGAUGGCCGUACAGGUGACUGCUUUGAAUGAAAAUGUGGCAACGCUGAAGAGAGAGUGGCAGGGCAGCCAGCGGAGAGUCGGUGAACUGGAGAAGCAGACAGAUGAAUUGAGAGGAGAGAUCGCUGUGCUGGAGGCCACCGUCCAGAACAACCAGGACGAGAGACGGGCUCUUUUGGAAAGGUGUGUAAAGGGUGAAGGUGAGAUAGAGAAACUGCAGGGCAAGGUGGUGGAGCUGAGGAGGAAACUGGACGACACUACGGCAGCCAUGCAGGAGCUCGGCAGAGAGAACCAGUCGCUUCAGAUCAAGCAGUCACAGUCUCUGACCAGGAAGUGGGCCGAGGAUCACGAAGUGCAGAACUGUAUGGCCUGUGGGAAAGGCUUCUCUGUCACUGUCAGGAAGCACCACUGUAGACAUUGUGGAAACAUUUUCUGCGCGGAAUGUUCGUCCAGGAACGCCCUCACGCCGUCCUCUAAAAAGCCAGUCCGGGUCUGUGAGACGUGCUUCGAGGAGCUUCAAGGCUGAUUUCCCCCCCCCCUCUCCCCUCAUUCCCUUACCUCCCCAGUUUUACCCCCCUUUCCCUUCCCCUUCCUACUGCAGCGGACAGAAGAAGGCGUGUGUCUUUAUCAUAUUUUAAUGUGCACUAUAAAGGACAGACCCAGUGCAAAGACUCCCACCUGCAUGUGACGUCUGGCUCCUGUGUGGAGGGAAAUAGCUGAAGGGUUUUCAUGAAGAGACACCAGAGCCACGUGAUGGGGAUUUGGUGGGACUGAUUGGGAUUGUCUGUAUCUGUUUUUGUGCCUUUGCUACUCCUGUGGACUGCCAGAGAGCGGAGACAGUGAGAACUAAACACCAACCAUCUCUUUUAAGUUCUUGUUCACGUCUCCAUCGUUGUUUGGUAUCAUUUGCAAAUGUAAGGUGGUUGCUUUGUAUGCUUUCAAAUUUUUGGCAUCGUGAGGUGGAAGGUCAUUGUGAGAGUGGCUGAGAAAGUAAAUACUGUUAUAGUGAUGUUGAAAAUCACUGCUGCCCUGCAAAGGAACAUACAAGUAAUUGUUUUGUUCAAGAAAAGGGACAUUUUCUGUAUGGCUUCAUCAAUCUGAUCAAGAAGUAAUUUAAAUUUAAACUGAUAUUUUUAUAUCAAGAAAGUGAAUUGGGAAUGACAAAAAUAUUUUUGGAUAUUUUUUCAGUUUAACGUACAUGCUGUAGGUGUACGAAAGUGUGUUGAAAAAGCUCACUUGGGAAAAACUUCGAAUUUGCCUUCGGGAAAUCAGCAUUUGUACUUAAACAUAAUUGCAUGCCGUCCGCAGUUCAUUUGACCCCAAAACAAAACGACCUUUGAUUCCUUGAUUUGAUGAUUGUGGACUGGAAAUUAUAGAGAUUUUAAAAGACAGAAAAUAUUUUAUGUUUUGCAAAUUCUCACAGUUGAAGAGCGCUCGAUCCUUUUCCUUGGUGCUGUGUUGGACAGCAAUACACACGGCAAAAGUGAAGUACCCACAGCUUCAGAUUUUAAGGUAGAACAAGCUGUUUUUAUUGAAUAUUCAUAAAGAAAACAGUUCAUCAGUGUAUGCACCAGCGAGUUUCUGUGCAGAACUUGAGAUCCACCGUGACGUCAAAUCCGCUCAGUGUUUCCUUUGUUUGGCAGUGUGCUUGUGUAUUUGUUGAAAUGAAAGAUUUCAUGACUGAAGAAUGUCUGCAGCAGGAAUACAGAUGAAAAUGAGUGUUUCAUAUGUCAGUAUUGUUCUAAGUGUCUCUAAGUUUUAAAUCACAGGGUCCUAAAUUUUUUUCUUUUUUUAAUCUUGUAUGUGGCAUGUAUGAUAAACUGAGAGGCUUUUAUGUACAGUUAGUUUUUGCUGUGAGAGAAAUGAGAAAAAUGAGGCACAGCAAAAGUGCCACAUUUCUCUUUGUGUUAAUUUCUGCAAAUUGUGGUGCUUUCUGCAGACUGAUCUUGCAGUUCAUGAAGGUGCUUGCAUGUUUCUUUUAAUUUUGUUUUUUUGUUGUUUUUUUUUCCGCUGCUGCUCAUCUCCGCUCAACAGCACUGACUAUUGCUGGAGCUGUGUGUGUAUGUGUGUGCGUGCUGCGCUUCGAAGCAAUAACUGCGGCCGUGUGUGCGCGUGUGUCACGUUGGUGACGUUGGAGUGUGUGUUUUAGUGUUCAGGCCUGCUGUGUUUGUCUGCUGAGAUGCACUGUAAGAAUGUCGGCUGCUCAGCACCUCGGCGUCUCUCUGGCACGUCGCUCGGGAUGUCUGCGCUGCUUUCAGGUGCAGCUGUCACUGUCGGUUCUCUGUCCAACCUGUCUGCAACUGAGGGCACUGUAAAAGUGAAUUUCUGCUUUGUAUAAUUUAUAAUUGUGACAGAUAUUGUGCAAUUGUCUAAAGAAUGGAGCAGGUGAAAAACAAACAAACAAACAGCAACAAAACACUGUAGGCCAGACAACAAUGCAGGCUGUUCUGGCUUUUUGCAAACAAGCAGCUUGCUUCAGACUUUGUCUUGCCCAAAUUAACUUUUUAGGCUUGUAUAUUUAAAAAAAAAACAAAAAAACAAAAGAGAACAUCCAUCUCAGUUGCAAGCACUCAAGAACACCUGUCUCUGUAUGUGUUGCAUUGGUUUUGUUAUGUCUACCUCAGAUUGGCACAGGAAAAGCACUAUUUCUAAACCUUAGAGAUCACAAGUUUCGUGUCAUUGCCUGUUUUUGAUCAAGGAUUUCUGAUUCGUGAUCUGUCAAGAUGUACAGUCCUUUAAAACUUGGAGAUGAUCUGCACCUUAAUGUAUUCUGGACUCGUCCUUAUGGGAGCCCAGCCACAAACGUAGGACCACACGACUUCAGCAGGCUUCAGCAUUUCUAGCCCCGACAUACUUAACUGCUCAUUAAUUCUAAGGCUGUCAUAAUUAUCUUUGUAAAUGUUUGUAAUGAAAGAGAAAACUGAAAUAUAUAUAACACUCGUGGAUGUAUAAACAGUGAAAAUGUGUGUGGACUCAUCGGUGUCUUACUCUUUUUUUUUUUUCUUUUUUUUUUUUACAAAAUGGCACCACAGACCUGUGCGCACUGCAUUGUGGCUUGCUUUGUGUUGCUGUCAGUUACCAUGCAUGAUGACUUAACUGGCCUGUGGCUCACAUUUUCUCCACGUUUAGAGUCAUCGUAUUUGGCGGUCAUGAAGGUGUGCCUUAGGCCGAUGUCUUGUAUGACAUGCACCAUGUAUUUCCCACAGUCGGGGUGAGCUCAGUUCACCUGAAGGGAUGAGAGAAGUCAUGUAAUUUAUGUUCACGUGCACCAGUUGAUUUUCUAAUACAUCAUCAUGACAAACCUGAAUAAAACCAACAGUAUGUUUCUA